AGCGUGGAGGAGCGAUCGCACCCUCUUUAGGAUGGGUGUAGUGGAGAAAGAGGCAAUGAAUACGAGCAUUACAGACUCCACCAUCAGCACUGUGCAGGGGGUGCAGGGGAUCCUGACUGCACUGACGGCUUUGGGACUUACCAACUUCCGUUUCCCUCCUGCUACCAAUCUUGAAGAUGGAUCCAUAUUUGACUUUGUUGUCAUCGGUUCUGGUGCGGGCGGCAGUGUGGUAGCUAACAGGCUUACCGAAGACCCGAAAACGACAGUGGCUCUUAUAGAAGCUGGUCAAGUCGCACCGUUCGAAAGUACCGUCAUGGGCUUAUUCCCUGCAUUAGUGAACUCUGCUUACGACUGGAAUGCCACUUCCACGAACGACCACUACGCAAACCAGUGCCUCCAGAACAACGUCGUUGAAACAACCAUGGGCAAGAUGCUCGGAGGUUCCAGUGGCCUAGACCACGUACUAGUAGUCAGAGCCAAUAAAUUCGAUUUGGAUCGCUGGGCUAAAGCCACUGGCGACGACUCCUUCAAUUAUGAUAACAUGAAAAAUACUACAUUAAGAGCGAAACAGUCAAAGAUAAAGACAUCCUUGCAGCAUACUCCUCUUAUCAUGGCACUGACGGCCCCUUGCAAAUGACAAGGCAAACGAGUGAUAAAAAUAUAGACAUCUUGGCCUCUUUCAAAGAACUCGGCCAUGAUAUAAUCUUGGACAUUAAUGCUAACCUCACCCUUGGAUAUGCUGAACCUUUACUACUUAAAACUGAGGAAUGGAGGCAAAGUGCUGCCGAAACAUACUUGGGACGCGCGCUAAAAUCGACCUAACUUGUUUGUUCAGAUGGGCGCUCUGGUUACCAAAAUCUAUAUUAACAAUUCUAAUGUAGCCACUGGAGUCGAGAUACUGACCAGUGACGGUACGACCAAAAGCAU